UAUCUCCAUACUUGUAAACAUACCAAAAACAAAAACCCAUUACUACUCACAAGCUCAUUCAGAAAAAUCAACAAUGGCUUCAUUUGCUAGUACCCAUCUAGUUACAAGACUAGUCCUAUUAUUUUCUCUCUUCUGUUUCACCUCUGCAGCGAGGCGACUCACUGAGUCAACCCAAGAUCAGAACCCAUAUAUCUUCCAAUACCACAAUGGCCCUCUUUUGAGUGGCAAAAUUUCAAUCAAUCUCAUUUGGUAUGGCAACUUCAAGCCUUCACAACGAGCAAUUAUCUCAGAUUUCAUUGCCUCCCUAUCUUCAACUUCCAAACCCACGACAGACCAACCAUCAGUCGCCACGUGGUGGAAGAACACCGAGAAAUACUACUACAACCGUCUGAUCAACUCCAAGAAAGCCUCUGCUCUGGUCCUCUCUACGGGCAAUCAAGUACUGGAUGAGAAUUACUCGAUGGGUAAAUCACUCACCAGUCAACAGAUCGAACGGUUGGCAGCGAAGGGCGAUCAGAACAACGCCAUCAACGUUGUGUUAACAUCGUCCGAUGUGAUCGUUGAUGGGUUCUGCUCCAGCAGGUGCGGGACGCACGGGUCUUCCAAAUCUGCCCAAAUUAAGGGCAAGAAUUACAAGUUUGCCUACAUCUGGGUUGGUAACUCGGAGACUCAGUGCCCGGGCCAGUGUGCCUGGCCGUUUCACCAACCCAUCUACGGACCACAGAGCCCACCCCUGGUCGCACCCAACAAUGAUGUGGGUCUGGACGGCAUGGCUAUUAACCUAGCUAGCCUCUUGGCUGCAACUGCCACAAACCCAUUUGGAAAUGGCUACUACCAGGGACCAGCAGAUGCGCCUCUGGAGGCGGCAUCCGCUUGUCCCGGGGUUUAUGGAAAGGGGGCCUACCCAGGCUAUCCUGGUGACUUGCUGGUGGACUCCACUACUGGUGCUAGCUAUAAUGCCCACGGUGUUAACGGGAGAAAGUACUUGCUUCCUGCAUUGCUUGAUCCUUCAACCUCUUCUUGCUCGACUCUGGUCUGAGAUGAUAAGAUCAUAUGUAUAGAUUGUUUGUAAACUAUGUAGUCUUAUGAGAGAAAUUCUUUGAUUCAUUCAUUUGUUUUGUUUGACACGGUUGAGAGUAAAAAAUAAUGAAAUUUAUUCAUUUAUUUAUACCCAGUUACGCAUAUAUACAAACGAUAUCUGUAGUUUGAAUUUCA